AUGGACAAUGUGAUCACAGCCAUCUGACUCCUGCUCCUGGCUCUCGUCUGUCUGUUCCUGACCCUCAGCUCAAGGGGCAAGGGCCAGCUGCCCCCAGGACCCAGACCCCUCCCCCUCCUGAGAAACCUGCUGCAGCUUCACUCCCAAGAUGUGCUGACUUCCCUCACCAAGCUGAGCAAGGAAUAUGGUCCUGUGUACACAGUGCGCCUGGGGCCCAGGUGGGUAGUGGUCCUCAGUGGGUACCAAGCUGUGAAGGAGGCCCUGGUGGACCAGGGGGAGGAGUUUAGUGGCCGUGGCGACUACCCCGUCUUUUUCAACUUUACCAAGGGCAAUGGCAUGUCCUUCUCCAGUGGGGAUCGAUGGAAGGUCCUGCGGAGGUUCUCUGUCCAGAUCCUAUGGAAUUUCGGGAUGGGGAAGAGGAGCAUCGAGGAGCGGAUCUUGGAGGAAGGCAGCUUCUUGCUGGCAGAGCUGCGGAAAACUGAAGGAGAGCCCUUUGACCCCACAUUUGUGCUGAGCCUCUCAGUGUCCAACAUUAUCUGCUCUGCGCUCUUCGGCAGCCGCUUCGACUACAACGACGAGCGUCUGCUCACCAUUAUCCGCGUCAUCAAUGACAAUUUCCAAAUCAUGAGCAGCCCCUGGGGCGAGAUGUACAACGUCUUCCCAAGCCUCCUGUGUUGGAUGCCCGGGCCUCACCGACGUCUCUUCCAGAACUUCGGGUGCGUGAAAGACCUCAUUGCUCUCAUCGUCCGCGACCACCAGGCCUCCCUAGACCCCACAUCUCCCCGGGACUUCAUCGAUUGCUUCCUCACCAAGAUGGCACAGGAGAAGCAGGACCCACUGAGCCACUUCCACAUGGAUACCCUGUUGAUGACUACACAUAACCUGCUCUUCGGCGGCACGGAGACUGUGGGCACCACGCUGCGCCACGCCUUCCUCGCGCUCAUGAAGUACCCAAAAGGGCAAGCCCGCGUGCAGGAGGAGAUUGACCACGUGGUGGGGCGGGCACGGCUGCCCAGGCUGGAGGACCGCGCGGCGAUGCCUUAUACAGACGCGGUGAUCCACGAGGUGCAGCGGUUCGCAGACGUCAUCCCCAUGAACUUGCCGCGCCGUGUCAUUCGGGACACAGUGUUUCGCGGCUUCCUGCUACCCAAGGGCACGGAUAUCAUCACCCUCCUUAACACCCUUCACCAUGACCCCAGCCAGUUCCAGACGCCUCAGGAGCUCAACCCGGAGCACUUUUUGGAUCCCAAUCAGUCCUUCAAGAAGAGCCUGGCCUUCAUGCCCUUCUCAGCUGGGCGCCGACUGUGCCUGGGCGAGUCGCUGGCGCGAGUGGAGCUCUCCCUGUACCUCCCCGCCAUCCUGCGGAGCUUCUCGCUGCAGCCGCUGGGGGCGCCCGAGGACAUCGACCUGAGCCCGCUCCGCUCCGGUCUGGGCAAUUUGCCGCGGCCCUUCCAGCUGUGCUUGCGCGCGCGCUGACGCCCCCGACCUUGUAGAUUCGCCUGUGAGCGAUCAGGCCCGCCGCUAGCGAUUUGCUCUGUCCCUCUUCUCCGUCCACUGUCUGCCCCCUCCCUCUCGCUAGCACGUUUUCUUCCCUGCACGCCUCCUGCGUGCCCCUCCCCAACGCUUCACAGCUGUCCCCGGUCUGCAGGGCAGAGAAAGACCUGGGAAACGGGAAAUGUGUGUCUUGUUGUACCCACAGAACUUGAUCCAUGACACACCCUUUUCGGGGCUUUUUGUAUCAUUUCUUAGUAAAUUAUCUUUAUAAUACA